UUUCCCCCAAAAACCAACUUCCUGUACCCAUGAUGCAAUCCCACAUUGUAUUAUGUCAAGAUUGUAUUUCAAAAAAUAUUUUGACUUUAUUUUUUUCUACAAGGUCCAAAUUAUAAACAUUAGAAAUAAGUUCAAGAAUCUAUAAUACAGGAGUUUUAUAGGUAAUUGAUUUAAGUCAAUGUAGUUAUCAAAGCGUCUAGAAACUUGUUUGUAGAACGCAAUCAAAUACCGUUUUUCCUAUGUUGAGGUUUGUAUCUUUUUUUUUUCUUUUUAAUUUCUUUUUUUUUAUCGUUCAGAAUGAUAGACUCGCCCAAGAUCUCAGAGGAAACUUUUAAAUUAUACAAAAAGUAUUCCAAAAUACAAGAUGUCGAGAUCUUACAAUCGCACUUGAUCGCAAUCAAGGAAAAGCUCUUGAAGCAAGGAAAAAUCAAUUAUAAAUGCAUUGAAAGAUACAAAUUUGCUUAUUCCCGAGUUCAAGAAAGAUUCUUUUACAAUGACCUUAUAAAAAUAGGACAAAGGCUUUUGGAACAAAAGCAGAACCCUUAUUUUCUCGAUAUUGGAUGUUGCACAGGUACUGAUUUAAGAAAACUAUUGCUGGAUGGCUAUCCAAAGGAUUAUUUAAUUGGCAUAGAUAUUGAAGAAUGCUACAUUGAGUGUGGCUAUGAACUGUUUAAAGACUCUCCUACCACUUGUCCUAUUCAGUUUAUGGUGAAUGAUUUGUUCUCCCUUGACGAAAAACACCCAUUGUGUGACUCCAUCUCGAUUUUACACGUUGGUAGUGUAUUUCAUUUGUUCUCGGACAAUCAAAUGGUACAUGAGUUUCUGAAUAAAAUAACAUGGCUACUAAAGGCAGGUGGUGUACUUGUGGGUGGACAUGUAUGCUCUGAUCAGUCAAAUGAAUACUUUAGGUAUGCUAAGCAGACAUACAAGUACUAUAUGGGCAUUGAAGACUUUCGGCAAUUGUUGACAAAACAAGGUUUUUCAAAUAUCAGGAUAGAAACACAGCCUAGACUAGAAGAUGAGGACGAUUUUACAGCAUUCUGGAUUUCCUUCUAUGCAGUUUAUAGUCCAAAGGGCUAAUCUGAAAUAAAUAUGUAUUUCCGUUUGAUUAGACAUUGCACAAUGCUAUCUUUAUGUCUUUCAAGUGUUCCUGAAAGAAAACAACGUGUCCGAGUUAGAAAAGAAUGAUGCAUGUCAAUUUGAUUGGAUGGAGGUCGGUUGCCAGUGCUUUAAAAACCCAGCACAGUUGCUC